AUGUCAAGGAAAUUCUUCGCUGUCCUCUCGCUCGCCCUCCUGGCCGUGGCCUCCGCCGAUGUCAGCCACCUGACCAACAGCUACCUGCCUCCCCACUCGGCCGCCGCCUCCAGCAGCUACGAGUCCUACCAGGCUGCUCCCGUCGAGGCCGCCGCUGCCGAGACCUACGUGGCCCCCGUCGCCGCUGCCAGCACCUACGAGAGCGAGUCCUACUCCGCCCCAGCUGCCUCCUUCACCAGCGAAUCCUAUGCCGCUCCAGCUGCCGUCGAGGCCGCCGUUGAGACCGCCGCCGAGGAGACCUACGAGCAGCCCGCUGCCAGCUACGUGGCCCCAGUGGUGACCAAGACCACCUACUCCGCCCCCGCUGUCUCCUCGUACUCCUCCUACUCCGCGCCCGCUGUGGUGGCCAAGACCUACGCCGCCCCCGUGGUGACCAAGGCCUACACCGCUCCCGCUGUCGUGAAGACCUACUCCGCCCCAGCUGUGUCCACCUACUCCGCCCCAGCUGUGUCCACCUACUCUGCUCCUGCCGUGUCCGGAUACUCCCAGACCUACACCGCUCCCGCUGUUGUGAAGACCUACUCCGCCCCGGCUGUGUCCACCUACACCGCCCCCGUGGUGACCAAGACCUACACCGCUCCCGUUGUGGCCAAGACCUACGCCGCCCCCGCUGUGGUCAAGACCUACUCCGCCCCGGCUGUGUCCACCUACACCGCUCCAGUUGUGUCCACCUACACCGCUCCCGUUGUGGCCAAGACCUACUCUGCUCCUGCUGUGUCCACCUACACCGCUCCUGUGGUGACCAAGACCUACACCGCCCCAGCCGUGGUCAAGACCUACGCCGCCCCUGCUGUGUCCACCUACACCGCUCCCGUUGUGGCCAAGACCUACGCCGCCCCUGCUGUGGUCAAGACCUACUCCGCCCCCGCUGUGUCCACCUACACCGCCCCAGUGGUGGCCAAGACCUACGCCGCUCCGGCCGUGUCCAGCUACUCUGCUCCCGCUGUGGUCAGCAGCUACUCCGGCUCCUCCGGCACCGUGUACGGCAACAACGGCGGAUACGUCUACUAA